CCGCAUCGGGGCUGAUUGCUGGUGGGAAUGCAAGACAGGUUCUGCCGCCCCAACCCGCCCUGCUUUGGGGUUGUUGAGCACGCCCCUUUGUUGGGCCGACAAAACGCAGGCGGUCCUUGGCCUGUUGGCUUGCUCCCGCAUCCGCUCUUCCACUGCUCUUGGCCAGCAAAUCGCUUGUGCAUCUCUCGCUCCCGUCUCGACUGGCCUGAACCGGAUCAGACAGGCGCUGGCUUGGGAUCCUCUCUGGCUCCCCCCCCCCGAUAAGCUCUGCUCUGGCUGUGCCUCACCCGCUUCCGCCGAUCGACCGCCUCUUUGCUUUUCGCUCCCGCAACGAUGACCGUCUUGGGCCUUGGACAGCGGGCUGUUUUGCUGACUCGCAGCGCACUGAGACCCUGCGCCAGCCGCUGGCCGGCCAGCAUCGCCAAGAGACUCAAGGUCUCUGCCACCAAUACCAACCGCUCCCCCAUCGCCUCCAACUGCGUUGGCGGAUACGGCUCCGGCCCGUCGCCGGUCUCCCUCGGCUCCCUCGGCCUCGGCGCGACGCUGGCAAAGUCCUCGCCCAAGAAGACUGGCGGGCUGAAGCAUCUGCUGAAGGAAUAUGGCCCCGUCGCGUUUAUCACGUACAUGGGUGUGUCGACAGUUUCGUUGACGAUCUGGUACACGGCCAUCACCUUCGGCCUCGACGUCGAUCCCGUGCUUGCACAAAUCACCCAGGCAACUUCGUGGUUCUGGACCAGCGGCGAAGAAGCCGAUGCCCUCGAAAUCUGCGCCUCGGCCAAUAUCGACGAGGUCUCGGCCGAGCACAAGGACGAGAGCCUCGAAGAUUCCGUCAAGAGUGCCUGGGCCAAGGCCGGCACGACCCUUCUGGUUGCCAUCGCCGCCCACAAUCUGAUUGUUCCGCUGCGGCUGGGCCUGACGGCGAUGCUGACGCCCGCUGUGGCGGCCCGCAUGCGUGCCCUGGGACUGGAGUUUUGGAUGAAAAAGAAGUAGCCAGUCGCCGGGGUGGGGCGUGCUCAUAGCCCGUCCAGAGCCGAACGGAACAACACCUCUUACACAGUUCGGCUCUGCUUGUUGUUGAUUUGGACGAGCACAGUCUUGAGAUACAAUAUGCAUUCGGCCAUCUGGACAGUUCCGUGGUUUCUCGACGGCAAGAUGGGCGUCUCUGGUGAUGGGUGGGUGUAUCUGGACCCAGAACAUUGGAUCGCCCGGCCCUCCGCUCACAACAGCAUCCCCCGUCCGCCUGGGUCUCUUCUGGU